UGUUUUUGCUCUCUGCUUCAGCGUCAGACCGCUGCUGACACCGCAGCGCUUUGACAAGGAUGCUGGCUCGGUCUUGUGCUCUUAUUCUGGCGGUCAUCGUCACAGGGUCUCUCUCAGCCCCGUGGAACAUGACGGUCUCUCAGCUAGUUCAGGCCGCCCGGGGCGAGGACGCCGUCCUGCCCUGCUCCUUCACGCACCCCAAACAGCAGGACUACAAGGGAUACAUCACCGUUAAAUGGCUGGCAAGGGUGGCGGACGCCGAGCCGUUCUUCAGAUGCUCGAUUACAAAUGAGACGGGCGAAGGACUCAGCGACUGCUUGGAGCCCGGCCUGCGGUACUCGCUGAAUGGAAAUCCUCAGCAGGGGGUGCUGUCCCUGCUCAUCAGGGGGCUGCAGCUGACCGAUAACGGGACGUACUACUGCCGAGUGGAGCUGGAGCGGCACAGAGAUCACACCCAAAGUGCAACUCAACUGUACGUCACAGCUGAAGCUGAGAUCCUGAGCCUCUCGGAGGAGGAAGUGGCCGACGCUCCACACAGGACGCUGCGCUGUGAGGCCGAGGGCCACCCGCUACCCAACAUCACCUGGCUGUCGGCCUCCAGGGGCCUGCUGGAGCCCAGGGACCCGUCUGUCGGGCCUGGCCCGUACCGUCUGAGCAGCUCCAUCCCCUUCCAGGAGGAUGACGUGUUUACCUGCAGGGUGGAGAAUGGGCUGGGGGGGGCAGAGCGGCGGUAUCCAGCUGUUAACACACUGAGUGUGGCUCUGAGUGUGUGUGGAGGCCUGAUGCUGCUGCUGCUGCUGCUGCUGCUCGCCGGCCUGGCUGUGUGCUGCCGCAGGAACACAGCUCGAGCUGAAGCAACUCCUGUCUAUGAUAAUGUGGAUGCGGGAUUUUUCCCGCAGCACUGCCCUGACGCUCCAGUAGGCGGUGCUGAAGAGCCUCAGCUGGUUUAUUCAGACAUCAGCCUUGACAGCCUGACGCGCAGUGGAGUCAGAGACAUGCCAGCUGAUCAGGGAGACACAGGAGUGUACAGCUUGCUGCACGCCCCACACUGACAUAGGAAUAUCUCGCUGCUGGAGGCUGAACAGAAUCUGUGGGAGAAGUCCACAAUCAAGUUAAAAUAUCAGCACCUGAUGAAAAAAAAUCCACUGUUCAAAGUAAAAGUCCUGCAUUUCUUCAUGUUCCUGCAAUAAAAAAAGCAGC